CGACUGUUGUAGUGUUGUUCUCGCUCAUUGUGAUGAAAAUACAAACAAGUGUCUUGCACAUGUGUGUGGGUUUUUAGGGGUUAGCCAAAAGGCUGUAAAAUGUAUGGCGCUCCUGUGGAUUUAUCAUUCAAAUGCCUCAGCUCAAUGACAGACGCUCUGACGGAGGAGCCAAAUCAGGGCUUGCGGCCACUGAAGCGAAAUGCAGAGAAGAAGUUCUGCAGCCGCUCGCUGCGUCUCAACAAUAACAUCAUCACAGACUUGAGUGGCUUCAAUGAUACGGUCUCAGCCUUCCUCUCAGAGCCCUCACAGCUCGCCUGGGUCGACCUGUCCUUCAACGACAUCUCACACAUAGACCCAGUCCUGGUGGAGCUGAAGGAACUGCGGGUGUUGUAUCUCCAUGGUAACAGCAUCUGUAACCUUUCAGAGGUGGAUAAGCUGGGCGCCCUGCCCUUCCUACAUACACUGACCCUGCACGGCAACACCAUGGAGAAUGAGGGGAGCAACAGGGGGUAUGUGAUUGCGGCUCUGCCUCACUUGAAGAAGUUGGACUUCAGUGCUGUUACACGGCAGGAGCGAAUCAUGGCCCAAGUCUGGCAUCGCCCUGGGAACCUUGGCAAAAACACCAGGAAGAACCAGGACAACUGACCUGUCACCACAGAAACGGAGGGAGGGGGGGACACAAUCGUCAUGCCAACCAACCAAAUGGUUCCAGAACAACAGACUUACAUCAGGAGGCCUUAUGACUGAAGCAUCAUGUAAAAGUACAAUAUGAAUCUACUCAUCAGAAACUCUGUCUGGUGUCUGUCUUAGAGUUGGGGGGGGGGGGGAGGAAUAGUACAUCUACAGUAGGUGUGAUUUCUGCUUAAUUAGGAUAUUCCUGACCUUUUUGCCACCUUGACCUAUAUAAUUAUUAAACUGGAACAGAGGCCACCCAG